AUGAGUAAAAAUGCGGAGGAAAUCAUCAAAUCUCACGCGGAAUUAUUCCCUCCUUUGCAAGUGAAACUGGCGUUAAAAUUGUGCUCGAACGAGUGCGACCAAGGGCACUUAUUCUCGGACUGGGAUUCGACUUCGAGAGGAGACGAUGAAAAGAAGAAAAAGAUGAUGCACCAGCUGGAGCUUUUGGACAAAAACUACCAACCCGGAGGUCUUUGCGAGUACAUCAAAAACGCGAAGAAACUCUUGAAACACGCCAAGGAAGGGCAAAAUCCAUUCGACGGGUGGCACCCGUCCGUACCAAAAGGCGAAAACGUUGAGUACGGAUCGAAGAAACACCGAGAGUUGGAGAAAAUUGGUUUGAAACAGGCGAAGAAAACCGCGUUCGUGUUAGUGGCGGGCGGGUUAGGCGAACGGUUGGGGUAUAAAGGGAUUAAAGUGAGAUUACCGGUGGAACGAGCGACGAUGGAGACGUAUUUGGGGUUAUACGUGAAGUCUAUUUUGGCGAUUCAAGAAACCGACGAGGUGGUGAGAACGUCCGGGCAAAAGAUUGACGUGCCGUUGGCGAUUAUGACGUCGGAAGAUACGCACGCGAUGACGGUGGACUUGUUGGAAUCGAACGACUAUUUCGGCGCGAAGAAGACGCAAAUUACGCUGAUGAAACAAGAAAAAGUCCCGUGUUUAGUGGAUAACGACGCGCACUUGGCGUUGAACGACGAGGAUAAGUAUGUGUUACAAACGAAACCGCACGGCCACGGCGACGUGCACUCGUUGUUACACCAAUCGGGCUUGUUGAAAAAAUGGAAACAAAUGGGCGUGAAGUGGGUGACAUUUUUCCAAGACACGAACUCGUUGGUCUUUCGAGUCAUUCCUGGUGCACUCGGGGUGUCGAAAUCGAGAGAUUUCGAGUUCAACUCUUUGUGCGUGCCGCGAAAAGCGAAAGAGGCGGUUGGCGGCAUCGCGCAGUUGACGCAUACGGACGGUAGAAAGAUGACGAUUAACGUCGAGUAUAAUCAGUUGGAUCCGCUGUUAAGAGCGAGCUCGAGCGAUGGAUCCGGUGACGUCAACGAUCCAGCCACGGGUUUCUCCCCGUACCCAGGGAACAUCAACCAAUUAAUCGUGAAGUUGGAACCGUACGAAAAGCAGCUCUCGAAAACCGGCGGCGCUAUCGACGAAUUCGUCAACCCGAAAUACAAAGACAGUUCCAAGACGGCGUUCAAAUCUCCAACCAGGUUGGAGUGCAUGAUGCAAGAUUACCCGAAAUCUUUGACUGGAACCAAAGCCUCGGUUGGGUUCACCGUUUUCGAUAACUGGGUCGGGUACUCGCCGGUGAAAAACUCCCCGGAGGACGGGAAGAAGAAAUUCGACGACGGCCAACCGACGCACACGGCGACGAGCGGCGAGUUUGAGUUUUACAACUGCGCGAGCAGAAUCUUACGGUUAGCCGGCGCGAACGUUCCGGAACCCGAAAUCGAUUCGAAACAAAAGUUCAACGGCAUGUCGUUUCCGACUGGAAGCAAAGUCGUCUUGUCCCCGUCUUUCGGAUGUUCGUUCGAACGCGUCGAGAGUAAAAUCGACAACCUCUCUUUGACCGCAAAAUCCGUUUUAAUCGUCGAAGGCGACGUGAGUUUCGAAAACGUCCAAAUAGACGGCGCGUUUGAAGUGAAAGCAGAGAAAGGUUCCAAAAUUGUCCUCAAGAACCUCUCCGUAAAAAACAAAUCCUGGGAGUGGCGUUCGAAAGCGAACGCCAAGGAGGAAAUCACGAGAUUGUGCGGGUUUGAGAUUAAGAAAAAAGAGACGUCUUCUUUAUUAUAUUCAGAGAAAAAUAAAACGCUCGUCGUCGACGGUGAUCUCUCUCAGUUGGAGUUGAAGACACACUGA